AAAAAAUGGCGGUGGCUACCGACGCGUGUGGCUACGGGAGGAAACAGUGACAAAUAUCGAAGUGGUGCGGGGCAGAAGAGUGGUGAAUGAGAACAGCAGCUGGAGGGACAGGACAACACAAGUGCUGGGUUGGUCAGUCAGCUGCCUGCGCCUGCGGUCAGAGAAGGUGUCCUGGUGUCCGAGAGCGGAGACAGCUGUAGAAUGUCCCGGGAGUGCGCGCGUGCCCCGGGCAUGGUUCUGACUGACAGCGAGGAGAAGUGCUUCUCCGACCUCUUUUCCUUCGCUUUCCCAGACGCCGACGCCACCGGCCAGGUUGCCGCCGGAACCAAAGUUGCCGAGUUGUUCCGUGCGUCCCAGCUCCCUCCAGACGCUCUGCACCAGAAAAUGAAUACACCAAAUGAAAAUGGAUACAUUAUAACCUUCCUGUACCAGAGUCUCGGAGGACACGUACAGGGAAUAUGAAAUCAUGAACCUGUGUGGUGCAAAGAAAUUGGGUUACUUUGGUCGUGGCCAGUUUUACGUUGCACUGAAGCUAAUAGCCGCAGCCCAAUCUGGCCUUCCAAUACACCUAGAAAGUACUAACAGUGAGUUGCCACUUCCUCAGUUCUUUGCAUUGAAGAGUGACAGUGAGACACAGCACAGCCUUUCCCAAAGUGCAGAAGCUCUUGGGCAUCUGACUCGCCCAGUCUCAUUAAUGAACUCCACUAGAGGCACAGACAGUACAACAGCAAAAACAGAGACUGUGAUGGCAGCUGCUUUGCUCUUGAAUUCUCCUCCUCCUUCACCUUCAUACCAGAAGAAUCAAGCAGUGAGCCGAGAUGGGAGACAAAGAGUUGCCUUCGAUCAGAAUAAUGCCGUCACUCUUGAAAGAAGCCCAACUGCAGGCUCAGUUGUAUAUCCAGAAGGACAAUCCCAUGGGAACUAUGAAUCUAAGCCUUCGCUUCCAUAUUCUUUUUAUGCUCAGAAACAAAAUUCUGUCCAACCACCAGAUCAGGAACUGCAGGAAGAUGCUUCGGAUUACACAGAUGACCCCUGGAGGAUAACUGAAGAACAACGAGAGUAUUACCUCAAUCAGUUUAAAUCUCUACAGCCUGAUACGAAAUCCCUUAUUUCUGGGUGUGUUGCUAAGGAUCUCUUCACCAAGUCGAAGCUUCCUAUCCCUGAACUUUCUCACAUAUGGGAGCUCUCUGAUGUGGAUUGUGAUGGAGCUUUAACACUGUAUGAGUUCUGCGCUGCCUUUCACCUCAUUGUAGCCAGGAAGAAUGGCUAUUCACUGCCGGCCACACUUCCUGAAACCCUGUUGCCUGAAUAUCUACAAAGGAAUGAAGUACCUCCAGCUUUGAUGCACAAAGAUAUAUGUUUGUGUUCCCAUGGCAACUUGGCAAUUGAAGUUCAACCAGUACAACAGCAAUGGGCAAACUGGAGCCACAGUGAGGAGAAUGUUGCAGCUGAAACAGUACCUGAUACGUUACCUGCCAGUACACUUCAGCAGCCAGAACUGCACUUCCAGGACAAUUCAGAUUUAAGUCAAAACAAAAAUGUAGAUUCCAAACAAAUACCAGAAGAAUGCCAAACUACUGAAGAUGUGUUCAGCUUAUCUAAAGCAGGUUGCCGAGAACUGGAAUCGAGCCAGAAAAGGAAAACAAGACCCAGAUCAUACUCAAGUACCUCUGCUGAAAAUGCUAUUAAGAAAGGAGAAGUGCCCCCAACGCCACCACCAAGACUUCCAAAGACUCAUUCCAGAGCAUCUUCUCUGGACCUUAAUAAACUUUUUCAACAAGGUAAUCAAGUGGUAACAUCGGAUUGGUUACAGCCACCCCCUGCUAUCCCACCACGACCUCCGACUGCCAAGAUUGCUCCUUUUCCUGCUAAGGCAGACAUCAAUAACCUGUCUACCAAACCACAAGAGAAGAUCCAGCAGCCGAAUUUUGCAGAUUUCAGCAAGUUCAGUGAGCAGGCAAGAAAAGGACCAUUGACAGAGUUGGUAAACAAACCGAGCAGUCUUGGAGAAGAAAAAAGUUCUUCUGUUAAGGACACAACACAUCGCCAACCUCCAUUGAAACCUCUUCGCAGAAAGCUGCGACCGAGAGACCAGGGAGAGUGUCAGGAGCAGUUAACCCAAAGGAUCACAGCUUCUGGACCAAAUGCCAAACCGCACCAGCAGUCACAAAAAAUUUCAUCCAAGCAGAAAAAAUCAAUUCAGACAGCGAUUCGUAAAAACAAGGAGGCUAACAUGAUCCUGGUCAGGUUAAAUGGGGAAUUGCAGCAACAAUUCAAGGAUGUUCACAAAGAGCGAAUUGUGCUGGAGUCACAGUUGGAGCACCUUCGACCAGUCCCUCACACGUGACUUCAGCUUCCAGCUCGUAACAGGAGCUCAAAUGUGAGGACAGUGUAUAUAUUGAAAUUUUGAUAGGAACAUGGCAAAUGAAAGCACAGUAGGGGCCAAUAUGACACAAAGACUUUCAAUCCUGUCAUUUUUACAAAAAUAUACUUGAACACAAAACUAGAAACAUUGAUACAAUGCAAACAUUAAUAUUGGAAUUUAAAUAUUCACUUGUUUAAAGCACAAUCUGAUCUGGCCAUUUUGUGUGACAAGUAGUAAUAUAAUAAAUCUUUUCCAAGGUUAAUAUUGGCCCCAUUUUAAAGCAUAAUACAUGCUUGAUUCCAUUGCAUGUAUUGUAAACCCAAAGGCAACGUAAAUGAGAAGGAAGGCCAAUAUAAUUUUCUGAGAUUUUGUUAAUGUGGAUUUUUCUUAUUUCCCAUGCUAUUGGGAAUGUUAUUGAUCACCCAAGACCUAGAAAAUGAUCCACAUCUUCCUCACUCCCAACUCAACAUCUGUUGCAUUUUUUUGGUAAUAUUGCUAUUUUUUUCAAAUUAAGCUAUACAUUAACUGUAUGGGAGAUAAUGUUGAAGAUACCACUUUUUACUGCAGUGAAGGUGAUAUGAACAUUAAAAUGGGUAUUCUCUCUUUUUUCCCUAAAUGUUCCAUACAUUUUAUAUUUUCCUAAAUUUGGUUUUACCUUUUUUGAGGUGGAAUAUUUAAUGUUUGAGCAGCUGUAUGCCAUAGCAAUAAUGACCUACUUGUAGCUGUAGUUUAAAGAUAUGUCCCCAUGCUUAUGUCGACAAAAUAACGGAAGAAUUUUAUACAUUAAGAAAGAGACUUUCUAGAAAUGCAUUGCUCAAUUCAAUCCCUGACAUGCUGUGGUUCAACGGUUCUUCUGAUGGUCACUUUGUAUAAAUAUUUUCAGAUGUUUGCCUUGUGUUAAUGUGCAAUAUUUGUAUUCUGGUUAUACUUAAUGUGGAGUUUUAAUUUAAAUAGAGAUGCCAGAGUUUGUAGAAUACAUUUUAUUCUGAACCAGCACCUAGUGGUACUGCUUGAUAAACGAUUUUUGGAUCGCUGGUAACCUGUUGAAAUAAAACUGCAAACAUUUCUGAAUCUGCCAUUGGCUUGCAUGUAUUCAGUAGGUGAUAUUUCCAACUGGCAGUGCGCAUAGUUUUCUGGCUGUUUUGAAUGCCAUCUAACUUGGGUUUGCCAGGAAUCCAACCUGAGCCAAGCUUACUGGAAGCUCAAGACUUCACAUUUCCUGGUUGACCUCCUUCCUCCUCCACUUGUAACUAAAACUCUGUUGCCUCUAUUCUAACUUCCAGCAAGUCACAUCCACCCAUCAUACCAGCGUACAUUGAAUGCUGUAUGGGUAAUUCCUCACUAAACUUCUCAUUCAUGCUUUUAAAUUGCACCCGUGCCCUUGGCUCCUCACUGUGUCUAAUCCCUAACCUUAUAACCGUCAAUAAAAUAUCUGCAGUACUCAAUACAGAUCGUCCACCCCGGAUUUUAUUUGAUCCACAAUCUGCAAUAACAUUUCCAGUUGUCAAGGUCUUGCACUCUAAAAUUCCUUACCAAACCCCUGCCUCAAUUUCCUCCUGUAAGACUCUACAAAGACCUUACCUCAUUAACCAAGCUUUUGGUCAUCCCAAUACUUCUUUAUUUGGCUCUUUUUUGAUAUAGCUCCUUUGAAGUACCCUUGUCACUUUGCUAUGGUAAAGGGGCAAUAUCAAAGCAAAUUGUGAAAUGCAAAAUUACACUAAAUUAGAUACCUGGAUUUGACCAAAAAUCUGAGAAAUAGACUGCCUUUUGCACCAAGUGCACUAAACACCAACUAACCCGAAGUACCGUCUAUGCAAAUUCCUUCCUCAAACUGCCUAUAUCCGAUGUGUUCUUUUAAAUGUUGUACUUGUGUACUGCAGAAUGUCAUAAGUAGAUGAGGUUCAGUGCCUCAUCUUUUGACCUGUUGGUGUUGUUU